CUUGUUGACAGAAUGCAUCAGAUGGAAGCCAACAUCAACAAAUUGAUAGAGGCGUUACUGUCCAACAAAGAAGGAUCCAGCAGCCAAUCCAUUGAGCGCAACGGACGACCUCGCCAUCAGCGUGAGGAAUUCACAGAACGAACAGAUGGGAACAGACAGAUGUUCUCUUCCAAACUGGCGAAGCUUGAGUUUCCAAUAUACUCAGGAAACGACCCCACUGAAUGGUUCAACAGAGUUGAUCAAUUCUUUGAGUAUCAAGGCACUGCCGAAACACAAAAGAUGUCGUUAGCAUCUUUUCAUCUUCAAGGGGAGGCGAACCAGUGGUGGCAAUGGCUGAGACGUGCUUACAAAGACGAAGACAGAGAGGUGACAUGGCCAAUUUUUGAGGAGGAAUUGUGGGCAAGGUUUGGACCACCAGAAUGUGAGGAUUUUGAUGAAGCAUUGUUAAGGGUGAGACAAGGGGGCUCAUUACGGGAGUACCAAAGAGAAUUCGAGAGGCUGGGUAAUCGUGUGCAAGGCUGGACUCAAAAGGCACUCGUGGGGACUUUUAUGGGAGGCUUGAAACCAGACAUAGCAGAAGGGAUUAUGAUGUUUAAACCCAAAUCAUUGAAAGAAGCAAUAAGCCUAGCCAGAAUGCGAGAUGAACAAUUAACUCGCCAACGACGUAACAGUAAGCCAUUUUCCAUCAAUCAUAAUCCAAUUGCUUCCUUUUCUCCAACAAAGUCACCAGCAGCCAUGCCCAUGAAACGUCUUGCUUGGGACGAGAUGCAGAAGAGACGAUCUCAAGGUAUCUGCUUUAAUUGUGACGAAAAAUUCACUCCUGGCCAUAAGUGUCAAAAGCCCCGUCUGUUGCUACUGGAAGGGGAUGAUGAGACGAGCUUGCAAGAUGACGAGGAAUUUGAAGGUGAUGAACCUCAAAUAUCAUUACAUGCUAUUACUGGUUGGUCAAUUGCCAGAACAAUGCGAAUUAUGGCAAGAAUUGAGAAUCAAGAUUUGACUGUCCUCAUUGACAGUGGCUCCACGCACAAUUUCAUUAGCGAACGGAUUGCUAAUUGGCUACACCUGCCAGUGAUACCAACACAGCCCUUCAACGUGAAGGUGGCAAAUGGGAAUCCAUUGAAAUGUCAGGGCAGAUUUGAAAACAUACACGUCCUACUUCAAGGUAUUCCAUUUAUUCUGACUUUAUAUGCCCUACUAUUAUGUGGAUUGGAUUUGGUUUUGGGAGUGCAGUGGCUAGAGCAAUUGGGAACAGUGGCCUGUGAUUGGAAGAAAAUGACCAUGGAAUUUAUGUGGAAGAAUCAAAUGCAGAAACUACAGGGAAUUGAUGCCCAACACAUUCAACCCGCAUCUCUAAAAGAUGUUUCGAAGGAGCUGCGCCAAAGCAAAACAAUGUUUGCUAUCUGUUUGCAAACCGAAGCCGAGAUACCUGUCAGCAAAGUAGAGUCUAAAAUGCAGCAGAUGUUGGAGGAAUUUGGAGAUACUUUUCAAACUCCAGCUCAAUUGCCACCGGUCCGGGAGAUUGACCACACCAUCACUGUCAAAGAAGGAACCGAGCCUGUCAAUGUCAAACCAUACAGGUAUGCCUAUUUUCAAAAAGCUGAAAUUGAAAAACAAGUUCAAGACAUGUUAAAAUUAGGAUUUAUAAGAUCAAGCACUAGCCCUUUUUCAUCUCCUGUUUUGUUAGUUAAAAAGAAAGAUGGCACAUGGCGUUUUUGCACUGAUUAUAGAGCCCUUAAUGCAGUAACAGUUAAAGACCGAUUUCCUAUUCCUACGGUAGAUGACAUGUUAGACGAACUACAUGGGGCUGUUUAUUUUACCAAACUAGAUUUGACAGCUGCCCUUAUGAAUGCCAUAUUUCGACCCUACCUUCGUAAAUUUGUGUUAGUCUUUUUUGACGAUAUCUUGAUCUAUAGUCCCAAUUUGACCAUGCAUCUUGAACAUGUUCGCAAGGCUUUUGAAAUUCCAAGGCAAUACAAUUUUUUUGCAAAAUUGAAGAAAUGUGCAUUUAGCCAACAGGAAUUGGAGUACUUGGGGCAUAUUAUUACUCCAAUGGGGGUUAAGGUUGAUCAAGCAAAAAUCCAGGCAAUGCUAUCCUGGACAAGACCUACUAAUAUAUCUGAGCUUCGUGGAUUUUUAGGUCUUACAGGUUAUUACAGGAAAUUUGUUCGUAAUUAUGGGAUUCUUGCUCGUCCAUUGACAUCCUUAUUACGCAAAGGUCAAUUUUGCUGGAAUGAUGACGCCGAGGCAGCUUUUGAGGCAUUAAAGACAACAAUGACUUCCACUCCAACCCUUGCAAUGCCUAAUUUUGCUGAAGUUUUUGUGAUUGAAUCACUUGGCUCCAGCUCAUCACUUGGCGGUGCUGUUCUAACUCAACAAGGGCGGCCAAUAGCUUUCAUGAGUCGCGCUUUGGGGCUAUCCAAGCGUGCAUGGUCAACUUAUGCGAGAGAAAUGUUGGCUAUUGUGGUGGCUGUCCAGCUGUGGAGACCAUACUUGUUAGGCCGUAAAUUUGUGAUCCAAACAGAUCAACGCAGCUUAAAGUACCUAUUGGAGCAGCGCAAGGAGAAUUCGGCUGCAGAUGCAUUGUCACGUAUGACGGGCAGCCCUUGCCUUUCACACAUAUAUGUUCCACAAAUUCACGUGUGGGAUCAACUUAAGGCCGAAGCUGUUUCCCAUCCUUACAUGAAGAAAAUUGGCAAGCUGGCUACUGAGAAUCCGGACAGCCCCUAUACAUGGCGAAAUGGGUUGCUUCACUACAAAAACAGAGUAGUAAUUACCCCCAACUCUGAUAUCAUUCAGCAACUGUUACGUGAAUUCCAUGAUUCACCUCUUGGGGGCAUUCGGCCAUUACCCGUCCCCUAUCAAGUUUGGGAUGACAUCACGAUGGAUUUUAUUGAGGGUCUCCCACAAUCUGGCGGAAAGAACACAAUUUUUGUUGUUGUUGAUCGACUUAGUAAGUCAGCACAUUUCUUGGCAUUGGCUCAUCCUUAUACGGCCAAAAUGGUGGCUGAGAAAUUCGUUGAAGGUGUGGUAAAGCUACAUGGUAUGACACCAUUCCAGGCUCUUUCUGGACGUUUACCACCGACAAUUCCCCAUUACCACAUUGGCAUGUCUCCGGUGAAUGAAGUGGAUCAGCAACUCGCCUCUAGAGAUGAAUUAUUGAGUCUGCUCAAGGCCAACUUGCAUGCUGCUAGUAAUCGCAUGCAACAACUCGCUAAUUCUAAGCGACGUGAUGUUGAAUUUCAAGUGGGAGAUUGGGUUUUUCUUAAGCUUCAUCCUUACCGUCAGCAAUCGGUGGUCAAACGUGUAUGCAAAAAAUUGGCUAGUCGCUAUUAUGGACCCUAUCAGAUUGAAGAACGAAUUGGCACAGUGGCGUAUAGGCUGAAGUUGCCUACCCAGGCUCGUAUUCAUCCUGUUUUUCAUGUGUCCUUGCUCAAAAAGAAAAUUGGUGACGAGGCCGUCGAUACGAUCGAUUUGCCUCCUAUGACUGCUGCGGGUGAAAUGCUGAUCGAACCUGAGGCCAUCUUAGACACUCGUUGGAUCAAGAAGGGGUCUCGGUUUGUCAAAGAAAUUCUGGUGAAAUGGAAACACCUACAGACUGAUGAUGCAACUUGGGAAGAUGUUGUGGCGUUACAGGAGCGAUUUACCAACUUGAACCUUGAGGACAAGGUUCCCUUAAAUGGGGGAGGUAUUGAUAAGUAG